AACAAUCAGGACAAUCAGACAACUCGAACCAGCAAGGAGACACAGACGUCAAGCCCCCACCGAACGGCCACUUGAGUUUCCAGGACUGCUUUGUGACUUCAGGGGUGUGGAACGUAGCCGAGCUGGUCCGCGUGUCGCAGACCCCCGUGGCGACAGCGACAGGCCCAAACUUCUCCCUGGCCGACCUGGACAGCCCUGGAUACUACAACAUCAACCAGGUGACCCUGGGACGGCGCUCCAUCACCUCCACCCCCUCCACCAGGACUGAAAUGGAGCUUUAUGCAAGUCUCCCACGGAGCUCCAACAAGCGCAAGUCCAUUGACGACAGCGAGAUGGAGAGCCCGGUGGACGAUGUCUUCUACUCAGGCCGCUCCCCGGCGGCUGGCAGCAGCUCUCAGUCCAGCGGGUGGCCUAACGACGUGGAUGCAGUGCAGCACCAUUUGGCCAGUGUGCAGGAGAGGAAGAUUAAGCAUGAGAACGAUGGAGUGCAGUUUCCUUACCAUG